UCUUUCAGCCAGAGAUCCAAAAGCAAAUCAUCAUGGCAGGCUCAGCACAACACCCAGACAACUGGGCUCUACGGCCCUUCUCCAGUAAACCACAGAAGACCAAGCCACACAUACCCUCUUCCUUUCUCUGGACCCGUCUCCUCUUCCUGUUCAUGGGGCUAGGAGCCUCUGGAAAGGACUCAACCCCAACAGUGGUGCCUGGGAUUCUAGGGCGUUCAGUAACUUUCCCCCUGAACAUUUCAGUAGACACAGAGUUUGAGCACGUCACCUGGAAUGGUCCCCAAGGUGCUCUUGCUUUAGCAACUGCAGAAAAACAGAUUUUCUUUAUGGCCAAAAGCUACCAGGACCGACUAACCAUCAGCUGGAACAGUUUCUCCUUGUCUCUCAGAAACCUGACUUUGAGAGAUGCCGGAUCCUACAAAGCCCAGAUAAACCGAAAGACUUCUACAUUCACCACUGACAAGGAAUUUACGUUGCAUGUCUAUGAGCAGGUGCCGGAGCCUCAAGUCAUCAUGAAGUCUGUGAACAUGUCUGAUAGUGGCUCCUGUAACAUUACCUUGAUUUGCUUUGUGGAGAGGGCAGGGACAAGUGUUCUGUACAGCUGGACCCUGAGGGAUUCUCAUGCUUCUGAAUCCCAUGAGGGCUCCACUUUCAUCAUCCACUGGAGGCUGUGUGACCCAGACCUGCCAUAUAUCUGCACAGCCAGGAACCCAGUCAGCCAGAACACCUCCAGCCCCGUCCAUGCCCGGCAGUUCUGUACAGCUCCAGGAGCCUCCAGAGGAGAGUCAAUGGGGGAGAUGGUGGUGGGGAUCCUGGGGGAGUCAGUCACCCUGCCCCUAACACUCUCGGCCAGUCACUCCGGAGAGAAUGUCAUCUGGAUGUUUAACACAUCUAUUAUCAGCAAAGAGCAGAAAGAAGCAGCAACAGCUGAUUCAUUCAUUAAGUUCAAGGAUCCCAACAAGAACUCUAGCCAAGACUACUCCCUGAUGAUUGGCCAGCUAAAGAUGGAGAAUGCUGGCCACUACUAUGCCUAUGUAUGCUCAAAGGCCUCCGGAGUCAUCAGCACAAAACACAUCACCCUGCUGGUCUACGGGAGAUUGAAGAAGCCAACAAUUACCUGGCAUCCUGGGCUUGCUGAGGAUGGCAUCUGCAGGGUCAGCCUGACAUGCUCAGUGGAGGACAGUGGACACAAUGUGACAUAUAGAUGGACCCCCAUACCAAAAGGAACCUUUGAGUCCCAAGGGGGACCUCACCUCAACGUCUCUUGGACAAGUGGUGAAAAUCAUCCCAACUUCACAUGCAUCGCCAGCAACCCUGUCAGCAACAGCUCCCAGCAGUUUCUUUCCGGCAACAUCUGUCCAGGCCCCGAGGGAAACACAGAGCUUUACAUUGGGCUCUCCUUGAUGGCCUCCAUCCUGUGCUUUGGGAUCUUCAUCUGGUGCAUUUGGAAGCGAAAAAGACCGUGUUCAGACCCAGCCUCCAACUCCAGCCACGCUGAAAGCCCAACAGACACACCAGGGUUUCUCUCUUCUAUCCCUUCUGCUCAUCACUUUGCCAAGUCAACACUGACUGCUCUAAAACCAUCAAUGGCUCCUCAUGGCCUUUGUCUGUUACUCAAAAGGCAAUAAAACCUAGGGCCCAAGUGUAUGUGUUCUGAGGUCAGAUAGUCCUAUAUUUGAAUCUCAAUUCUGCUCAUUAGUGAUCUUGGGCAAUUCAAUCUCUAUGCAUCAGUUUCCUUACCUUGCAAAAUAAGUGUGCCCAAUUCUUAGAGUUGCUGUGAGUACUGAGUGGGUCAGUGCCAACAGUGUGCACUCAAUAGGUGGUGAUUAGUGUUAUAUUCUCAUUCAGUAUUUAACCAGACCGCCCUUUACCUACUUUUUCCCUAUGCAAAUCCCAUAGGGAGCAGUUUUGAGUACUAGUUAAGAACAUCAGGGAGUAGGUUUCCAGCAUUCAGAUCCUGACCUUACCACUUACUCAGGCAAAUAUUUAACCCUUUUGUGCUCCAGUUUCCUCAUCUGCAAAAAAUACAUGUAUAUAGUUUUUGUUUUAUGUGGUUUCAUGCAGAUUGAAUAAGUUUAUUAGUGAAAAGUGUUUAGACUGGUGUCUGAUACAUACUAGGCACUUGGCAAGUGUGAGCCAUUAUUAUUCUACACACAGAAUGGGCUGCUUCCUCUGUCCCCAAAGGCAGCUAGACAUGCACCCAGUGUGCCAACCAAUUGUUCAAUACAGACACCCAUUCUGAUUGUCCUACACCCAGUCCAUUGCAUCUGCUAAAUAUUUUGAAUACCAUCUUUUCCCAAAAGAAAUGGUUUCACACCUUUCCUUAAUCAUGCUGCUUCUUCAACCAACAAUAGCCUGUCACUCAUCAGAAUCAAGGCCCCUCCAUCAAGGCCCACCUCAAUCCCACCACUUUCAUGAGCUCUUCUCUGCUUCCUAACCAGAGACCAUGGCCUCACAUUUUCCUCACACUUUUCAUGUCACCUUUGCCAGAGCUGGGCUUGUCUUUGUUGAUUUCUGUAUGGAUCUGACCCCCCGCUAGACAGCGUCCUCCUUCAAGAGCAGGUCUAAUGACCUUCAGAGUACACAUCAUGGCACUUAGGAUGGCUUAGCCAACAGAGCCAGUUUGGCUCACUGAGUGUUGCUAAGGCCAUCUCAUGUCACACUCCAUGAAUGUUUACCAAAUGGAAAUGAGUGAAUGCUUGAAAGGAAGGAGGAAGGGAGAGUGGAAUAGAGUCCCCUGUGGGGAGACCAGAAAACAACCUCUCCUCCAGUUCCUUGGGCCUCACCUGGAGUAGAAGUCGGAGCAGGUUGGAUCCUUGCACAAAACAAGAAAAAGGUGGGGACUGGGACUCUUUUUACCA